AUGGCCAGUACUGAGAAGAAGAGGGGGGCGCUUGUGACGGAGGGGACUGAGAUGAGGCUGUUGAAGCUGACGCCGGCGGUGGACCCCAAGGCCCCCAAGGCCAAGCAGAGUGAACAGCCGCUCAAGAAUGGCCUGCUGAGCCGCAUCGUCCUCAUCGGGAAAAGCGAGAGCCGGCGCAGGCCGCUUUGGAGGAGCCUUGGGGAAAUGACCCUUGUUUUGCGGAGUAAAAUGGCCCGUUGGCCCAAAGAGCAGCCUGGCACGUGGCAUGGCCAUUUCAAAUGGGGUUCCUUGCUCUCCUACGUCGAUUCGGAGGGCAACCCCAUUGGAGUGGUGCAGAUGACGUUCCUGAGGCUCUUGAGUGCUUCUGCCCACCAGAACGUCACCUACAGCUGCUUCCAGUCAGUGGCGUGGCGUGACGACUCCACAGGCAACCACGACAGGGCCAUCCGCUUCCUGGGCUCCAACGACGAAGAGAUGUCCUAUGACAACAACCCCUUCAUCAGGGCUGUCGUCGAUGGCUGCGCG